AUGAAAAGCAAUAGUAUACCGAACGAAAUAUUGAAUAAAAUAUUCAGUUAUAUUCCUGAAAAUGAGUUGAAAGAUCUUCUUAAAUCUUUAAAGUUAGUUUGCAAAUCUUGGAACCACUGCGUUAAUCUACUUUAUCCAGGAAUUACAGUUACACUUUAUGAUAAUCAGUUUGACAUGUUUUAUAAGGAUCUUCAAAAAUCUUCUUUAUUAGGAACACAUCCAACGAAUUAUGGUUAUGAAGAACAAGAUAAACAACUGAUAUCUAUUUUACAAGCAUGUCCAAAUAUCAAAAAAAUAUUUAUUCAUAUUGGAUCUGCUCAGAUCACAUCUUGUUGUAUAUGGACUUUAUGUAUAGCAGCAGGCUACUUGAAAAACGUUCAAAGAAUUCUUAUUCAACUUGGAACGGAUUGUCUCCCACCUACAAAAGGGACACUCAUUCAUAUCUUUAAUAAUAUCUCAAUUUGCUUACGAAACAGAUUGACUUCAAUAGAAAUCAAGGAGGGUAAUGUCCUUUUGAUCUUUAAUCGUUCCCCCAUAGACCUUGAAUACAGUGAAAUAAAGGACAUAUCACAUCUUCAAUUGAUAAAGUUUGAUAUCUAUGUAGGAGCAGGAGAAGUCUCUAUUUUUGAAUUCAUGCCCUUAUUUGAGGAGCAUAAAAUGUUAAAAGGAAUAGAAUUAUCUGGAUUUUCAGGAUUAGAACUAUUUUCUGAAAGAUCCCAGGUCUUAUUAGAUAAAGCAAGUGCAGAGCCUUAUGAUUCUCUUGAACAUCUUGAAAUACGAGCUUGGAUUAUACACAUCAACCAUCUACGCUUCCUUAUGCGUAAAUUCAAAAAAUUAAAAUAUUUAAAGUUCUAUCAUAAUUUUGGUUGCACUCUCGAUUUUGAUAAUGAAUGUGAUAGAUCCUAUCGAAGCCUACAAGAGAUACGUGAUCAGCUUGUGGCUUAUUCAAAAAGUAUUGACUAUGUUAAUAUACGUCUCUAUAUUAGAGAACAAGGUCGCCAUAAACAAAUAUUUGCUUUAGCUUAUGCUCAUUCUGGGAGCUUUGAUAUACUGAAAAUUAUUUUUACGUAA